AUGACUUUCUUUACUCCAAAUAAUAGUAAUAUAAGUUUGGAAACGGAAUUGGCAGAGGAUCUGCUCCGGGAUGAGCGCUUGGCUCGAGUUGAAAUAGCCCUUUUGAGCGUCAUAUUUUUCAGUGCCGCAAUUUUAAACGUUGUACUGCUAUUGGUGCUGUGGAAGCGUCGGAAGCAGCUGUCGAGGAUGCGCGUCUUUGUUUUUCACCUUUGCCUGGCAGACCUGGUGGUCACCUUUUUCCAAGUUUGUCCGCAGCUGAUGUGGGAUAUAACGGACAGAUUCAUCGGUCCUGACAUUAUCUGCCGCCUGGUGAAAUACCUGCAGGUCGUUGGCAUGUUCGCCUCCACUUACAUGAUUGUAGUGAUGACCAUUGAUCGCUACCAAGCAAUCUGUAACCCAAUGGUGACUUUCCAAAGGCGCAGAGCCCGCUGGAACGUGCCUGUGUGCGUUGCAUGGUCCGUGUCCCUCAUCGGCAGUCUCCCUCAAGUGUUCAUCUUCUCCCGAGUUCAAAUCGCGCCUGGUGUCUAUGACUGCUGGGCUGACUUUAUCAAACCCUGGGGACUAAAAGCUUACGUGACCUGGACCACUCUGGUGAUAUUUGUGUUACCAAUCUUAACUGUUAUCGUUUGCCAGGUGCGUAUUUGCCGAGCUGUUCAAAUCAACUUUCACAUGAAAACUCAUCAAGUAUCGGGAAUUGUCACCAAACCUCUGCCCUCCAGGGCCAGUAGCGUUGCUGGGAUGUCCAAAGCCAGGAUUAAGACCGUGAAGAUGACUGUGGUUAUUGUUCUUGUCUAUGUUAUCUGUUGGACUCCUUUCUUCACUGUCCAGCUGUGGUCUGUCUGGGAUGUCCAAGCACCCACUGAGAGUAAGUGCUCUUCAACUAAAAUUCAAUCAUAUUGUCAAAUGUUUUAAAGCCUGAAUUAAAACUUUACAAUGUAUGUUUAAUUUAUUUAUCUUCUAUUAGUGUAGGCCUACCCUAAAAUGUAUAGAAUUACAUGGAAUCAGGAUGCUGCUGCUUGAUAAUCAUAUUCUGUGUUUUAAAAUUGAUUUCAGCUGCAACUUUCUCUAUCCUGAUGCUCCUGGCGAGUCUGAACAGCUGUGCAAACCCCUGCAUCUACCUGCUCUUCAGUGGGAAGCUCCCCAAGAGACUCACGGCGUUGAUGUGUGUUAGCCAGUCGGACAUGAAGGACUCCAUACAAGAGGAAGCCACUGUGGUCAGCUCCUUGUACAUCAGUUUUAAGAGCCUUUCCGAAUCCAGAUGA